CCUGUCUCACCCCUGUCUCCUCCAUCUUAUUCCUGUCUCCUCCAUCUUACCCCCGUCUUACCCCUAUCUCCCCUAACAGACCGUCAGCAAGUACAACUCCAGUACCACAAGCUGUUCCAGAGCGUCCCCAAGGAGGAGAUCCUUAUGAAAGUGUAUUCCUGCGCUCUCCUCCGAGACAUCCUACUUCAGGGCCGCCUCUACAUCUCCCGCAACUGGCUGUGUUUCUAUGCCAACCUCUUCGGGAAGGACAUCAAGGUGUCCAUUCCGGUGGUGUCAGUACGGCUGGUGAAGAAGCACAGGACGGCAGGCCUGGUACCCAACGGGUUGGCCAUCACCGUGGACACCAGCCAGAAGUAUGUGUUUGUGUCCUUGCUGUCUCGAGACAGUGUCUACACGUCCUCAGGAGGAUCUGCACACACCUUCAGGUGAAUGGGAAGAAAAGCCUUAGCCUGAAGCAGUACUUGGAGGAGCCUAGCUUACUAUCUAUGG